AGUUAAUCGACGCCCGGUAAACGAGAAAGGCGAGAGUAGUUUUUACAGUUAAAUGAAUGAUACAACUUGUUCACCCAAAUUCACGGGCUAGUGAUUAUCUUAUCGCGAUAUAAAUUUAUCAUUAUUUUACGAAUUUCUAUAUGAUGAAUUCUUGCCAUUGAAAUCGAAUUAUAUCUAUGUGGUAAUAUCGGUAUUGAUUUAAACAACACAAUAAUCCCUUUAAAAAAUAUUGUGAAAUCUUCAAAAGUGAAUACCUUUUCCUUUUACUCCUUUUUGUGGUAUUGAGUUUUCAUUUAAGUGUUUCUACGGAUAUCUAUUUAUAAAUAAAUUUGGAUUGUUAAAAACACACGUGGCGGCAAAGUAUUGUCCUUUUUUUAUUUUUAGUAGCUAACAUGGAUAUGAUGAACCUUUGCACACAGUGUAUUAUCGUAUAUUUUUUCGUAGUUGCUUGUAUUGAAGGACAGCAGGUGGAUUCCACAAACACGACAACAUAUAUCAUUAGCAAGAAAGACAUUACCUUUCCUAAGAUUCCCAAAUGUUGUAUAUCAAAAACGCAGGUGUGGAGAAACAAUACAUGUGAAGAACUCAGUCAUACAAUAGAAUACAAGCAUUUUUAUUACGAGAGUAACGAAACUCAUAUAUAUAACGAACAAAUAGAAUUCGAACCAGUAUUUUAUGAGCACCAACUAGAAUGCGAUGAAAAAUAUUACUUGAAUAACGAUGAAGUGCUUGGAUUCAUUUAUAAUUCCUCAAUUAUAGCGAAUAAUGUGGACCUUAUUGGCCCUGAUGAAUACUGUAUUAACUCCAGAAAUGACGAACUCAUUUUUCUAAUGUGCGCUGACAAAGUACCCAACCAAAUAUCGAAAGGACAAGUGUAUUUUCCAUGUCUUAUUGUUUCUACGGCAUGUUACUUUUUCUCAGCAGGAAUCUAUAUAUUUCUUCUUAAAGUAAAAGACGUGCAUAAAAAAUGUUUCGUGGGAUAUUCAAUUUCAAUGUGCGUUACCUUUUUCUGUUUGAUUUUGCUUCAGAAAGUUCAUACCGGCUGUGAUAUUAUUGGUUCCAUAUUUUACCUAUUCAUUUUAGCUUCAUUUGUAUGGCUGUGCUGUCUCUGUUUCGACAUUGUUCAUGUAGUGAGAAACUUUGCAGAAGAUAAAGCUCCAGAGAGGAUAUAUCUAUAUAUUGCCGGAUCAAUUCUGUUUCCAUGUGUUGUUCUAGUUAUAUCCAUAAUUCCUACAGGAACACCGGAUGUACCGAUUUCAUUUAUGAAAGGAAGGGGAAUGUGUAUGUUUAAAGAUACAGCAACACGAAUAGCUAUUUUAUUUAUUCCCAUGGUACUUCUUCUUCUUGCUGCUGUAACAUCUUUAACUUAUUCGUUUUAUCUCAUAAGGGUGACUGGCAAAGAAAAUCGUUCGAAUAUUUCGUGGUUGGAGAAAAAAAGUCGUUUUAAGUAUAUGAUACGCUCAUGUUUUCUAAUUUGGGUGACAUCUAGCAUUUGGGUACUUGAUGCCGCUCUUAAAAACAUGGAUUUAGGAAACCCUUUAGUCUACGAAAUUAUUGAAGGAUCACAAGGUAUAUUCGUUGUAGCUAUCUUUGUAACGAAUCGGUACACGCGAAAAGACAUUUACAAAGCUUUGUGCAAAAAACAUGACCAAAAAUCAGAUAGAGAUAGGUUUAAUAGGUUAUUAGAGAUAUUUAAGAUUGAAGACAAACCUAUUGAAGGUUCUGAUACAGAAGUGGCACCUGGAAGCCUUCCAAAUUAUGAACGAUGAUGAUAAUAAACAGCAUUUUACUAUCCAAUAUAAUAUACUGUGAUACCAAGAGUUUUCAAAGUUUAUGUACUGUGAAAUAUUUUUAUGUACUGAUUGAUAAAACUUCUGAUUUUAUUAGAUAUACCUAUUACUAUUUAUGUAUAUAAAUUUCAUAAGAUGUUAAAAACUACACUUCUUCAAAAACUAUAAAUGUGUUCUGCAUCUAAUAUUUAAAUUUUAGUGGAUAUUCUAAUGCGUAUCAAUAAUUUCCAAGAUUUUUAACCCUUUGGCACCCAAUUUUUUUUGUGUUGUUACGAUCUCGACUUUAAUCAUUUCUUUGUACUGGUAACCAUAGAAGAUUUUUAAAGUGUGCCAAACCAAAUUUUUUCCAUAAAAAAAACAAAAAAAUCGUGGGAUAUAUCUGUCCCAAUGGCAAUGUUGGUUGGGAUUAUUAUGUCCCGUAGGGUAUAUUAGGAGAUUACGGCCACAAAUAAAUGAACACUUUAUUUCAGAAAGAUUUACAAAAAUAUGCAUAAAAAAUACUUCUAUGUAACUUAAUAUGUGUGAUAUAAUGUAAAACAAUGUUUACACAAACUUACAUUGCACAUUGUGCAGAUGGUUGUGGUUCUUCUUUCCCCAUUCUUGAGCAACCAACACAACGCCGUCUCUAAGCAGUUUCAAUCGGCAUGUGGUCUCCUACAUUUUGAUUUCGUGAUCUCUUUGAAGGUCUACCUACACUUCUUUUUCUAAGUUUUACUUGUGUAGUGGUUUUACCUUUAGAAAUGAGAUCUUCUGAUAGCUCAAACAAAGUUUCUAAAAGGGAUGUUUUCUUGCGUGUUCGAUGUAAAUCAUUAUAUAUUACCCAACUAUUUACCACUGACACCAUAAGAAAUCGGUAGAAAACUUUUUUCCAUUAUUUACAGGAUCGUCUUUUCAUUUUAUACACUCCACUCAUUUGGUCAGCCAGGUUCACACCACCCAUAAUUUCGUUGCAUAAAGCAACAGCAGCAGGAUAAGAAACGUCCACUUUGGUCCCAUUUUUAUUUUUUCUUUGAAUAGUUGUAGAACUACUCUUAUGACAGUUACUGAACAAGAAUACUUGUUUGGUAUCUUGCCAUUUUGUGGCUAGGGUUUGGAACUCAUUUUUUAGAAAUACAGAGUCUCCCUUGUUCAUUUUGCUUUUUAUAGAAAACACUCCUUAGGCCUGUUCCGUCUAUUUGUAAUGGCUGUACCAACUAGAGCGAAUUUAAUGGUGUCCACUAUACGUACAGAGGUAAAAAACCUGCCAAAAGCCACAACAACAUUAUCAAUACGUAUCCAUUCACAAAGCGUUUUUACUACUCUUUCACCUAGAGUUCCAUCAGCUUGUUCAACUUCCUUUCCAGAGUAAACGUUAAAAUCAUAUGUGUAACCUGUCUUAGAAUCACACCUGCAAAAUAGUUUUAUACCCCUUUUCACUGGUUUUAGAGGUAUGUAUUGUUUUUAGGGACGACCGUCCUUUGAACUUUACUAUACUCUUGUCGAUUGAUUGUCUAGUACUGUCGGUUCGAUACUUCUGAAAUGUGAACUUGAAACAGGAGAGCAGUUUUUCUACAUAAUAUAUCCUACUGCAUUCUUCGGGUUUCUUUGGGCCAUUGGAGUAAAGUUUGAAGAGAAUGAAUAAGCAUCUGUUUUUUGAUAUUGCAGUACUUAUCGUUUUAUUUCCGACAGAUGGAUGCGAAGACGAAUAAUGUCUCAGUUUAGGCACUCUGUUGUAGCACAUUAUUAGAGUACAACCAAUAGUUAUCAUUACUUCACCAGCAUCAGUAAACGGUUUAGACUUUCCAUCCUUGCGAUUAUACAUUUUAAUUCUCUCGUUUGCACAAAAAUAAAUAAACUUCGAGGGAAUUUGAUUCAUCAACUACACAAGGUAUUUCAAGAGAAACAGCAAAUCUGGGUUUAUGAUUAGCUGCGACUGAUGUCCAUACAAUAGGGAGUUAUCUUUUCUUUUUAUUGAUAAUGGCUUUCUUACUUCCAAUUAAAUCUUCCCCAUCUGGCAAGCAAGUAUUCUUGCCUUCUUCAUUUUCGGGAGAAUCAACUGAAGACGUGUUUGAUUCAUCUAAUGAGCGAGUCUGUUCUUGUUCAUUGUCAGGACAAUCAUCUGGUGCCAUAUACGACUCAUCAGAAGAAUGAUCACCGUCGUGGAAGGGAUCUUUUUCGUCAUCUAUCUCAUCGCAUAAAGAUAUGUCGCUUAUAUUAUCAGCCAGUUCUUGCAAUUCCUUUUGAGUGAGCUUUCUUUUUCUUGACAUGCUGAAAAAAACCAAUGAGAUAUAAAAGGCACGUCCAACAAACCCAGUGUGACACAUAAAUCCCAUGUGAUUUUUGAUGUAAGUUAGCCAAUUUACAAAAGCAAACGAAUCUCAGAUCAACGUGUAGAAUACAUAAAUACACUAAACAACAAACUUACCUUACGAUUGUGUCAAAAACAAGUUGUUUUAACGUUAAAAACUUCGAAAAGUAAGAACCACGUGUUGACUGCGCCGUACUGGACCACAGGAGUGAUGACGUAGAUUUGAUUGACAUCUGCCAGUUUCACUUUCCAAACAAACCUUGUUUAGUGUGGAUAAUUUGUAUUUUUCGUUAUUUUUUCAUUUAUUUUAUAGAAUCUUUCCGCUUUUUGCAAUAUUUAAGUAUUCUAAUAGUUACUACAACAAUUUUACAAGGUUGUGUAAAUAAUAAAGCACAUUGUUUUAUGCUAAUAGGAAUAAAAUAAAAGUAUCAAUAAAGUAAGGUUAAAAUUUCUUUAAUUAAACUUUUAAACCAUAUUUCAUAGAAAUAGAACUCUGAAUUAUGACGGUAUUAUCGUAAAAACACUAUACUUAUUAGAAAAAGCAGCAGAGGAAGCAAAAUGUUAACUUUAUAGGAAUUAAAAAGUCUUGAGAUUUGACAUUUCAACGUUUGUUUGGAAAGUAAUAAUGACAAUGUGACGUCACACUCCUGCGGUCCCUUACAAACUAACUGAGCCAUGCAAGGUUGCCAAUAUCACUUUAGUAGAGAAAAAUGUGCAGUGUAGUCGAUAAACUCCGAUAUCGAAGAAUAUAAUGUAAAAUGGGACAUCAGGCAAAUUGAAACUGUCGCGUUUGGCUGUUGAAACGUGGGAUCUAUAAGUCCCACUGGGUCCCAAAGGGUUAAGAGAUAUAUCAAUAAGAUUUUAUACGUGCCUGUUAAAUAAACAAUAUCUUACAUCUACACAUCAGGGAUAGCUUUUAUUUAUUGUUUUCUUAUUUAUCCCAAGAAUAAUCUUAAUUUUAGACGAAUAGCAAUAGGAAGUAUUAAAACAGUCGCGAUCUGUGACCUUAGAUUUUGUAAAUAGUAUGUAUCCGGAAGGUUAUUUAUAAGUAGAAUUUGAAUAUUCUCAAGCUGAACAAGAUAUCUGAAAAUAUCAAUAAAAAUUUUAGAAAAAAAAACUAAGGCGUUUCAAGAAUUUUAUAUAUGGCCAAUAUUGAACUCUAAUAGUAAUAAAAUCGAAGGGAGCUAUUGUACCAGACAGAGCCUUGUGUUUUUGAGAUCAAGGUAAAUUUAUCCAAUUUUCGGUUUUGUGACUAUAACUUAAAAACUAUGCAUUUUUUGUGAACUUUUAUACAAUAUUUUUUGUAGAAAAUUAAUUUUCUUAUUAAAGUGAUAUAUUUU